CUAUCGAUAGUAAAAUCGAUUUGUUAGCAUCUCUAGAAGCAUUACUCGGCAUUUUUGAUUUUGAUUAAAAGAAAAUUAAGAGUUCUACAGAAUGACCAGCGCAGUGGAUAUCGGUGCCCAGGACGUGGAGAUGGAGGUGGAUCCCACCGCCGAGACGCUGGCAGACGAGAAGAAGAACCAGGAUGGGGCUGCCGUGCUGGAGAUCCGCGAGCAGAUUCGCCAAAUCGAGAAGGGGGUGUCGUCAAAGGAAUCGCGCUUCAUCCUGCGCGUGCUGCGCAACUUGCCCAACACACGCCGCAAGCUGAACGGCGUCGUCUUCCGCAAUCUCGCCCAGAGCAUAUAUCCGCCUGGAGCGGAUCGCGAAGCUGCUCUUGCCCUGAUGCCCGCCGUGGAGAAGGACGCCACUGAGCUGCCCGAUGUGCCCAAGAAGCAGGUCGCGAGCAAGGCUCCGAUUGCCGAGGUGGAUGCCUACUUUUAUCUGCUGUUGUUGGUGAAGCUGAUCGAUGCCAGUGACCUGCAGCGUGCGGGGGUUUGCGCCGAUGCCCUGAUGGCUAAGAUUUCGAUUCAGAACCGUCGAACCCUGGAUUUGAUCGGAGCCAAGUCCUACUUCUACUAUUCGCGCGUGGCGGAGCUGAAGAACUCACUGGAGGGCAUCCGCGCCUUCCUGCACGCCCGCCUACGCACUGCCACACUGCGCAACGAUUUUGAGGGUCAGGCGGUGCUUAUUAACUGUCUGCUGCGCAACUAUUUGCAUUACGCUUUGUAUGAUCAGGCCGACAAGCUGGUGAAGAAGUCCGUGUAUCCAGAGUCGGCCAGCAAUAACGAGUGGGCUCGUUUCCUCUACUAUUUGGGUCGCAUCAAGGCCGCCAAGCUGGAGUACAGUGAUGCGCACAAACAUCUGGUCCAGGCUCUGCGCAAGUCCCCGCAACACGCCGCCAUCGGAUUCCGCCAGACCGUGCAGAAGCUAAUCAUCGUGGUGGAGCUGCUUCUGGGCAACAUUCCGGAGCGCGUGGUAUUCCGACAGGCCGGUUUGCGACAGUCUCUAGGCGCCUACUUCCAGCUCACGCAGGCCGUGCGUCUGGGCAACCUCAAGCGAUUCGGCGACGUCGUUUCCCAGUUCGGUCCCAAGUUCCAGCUGGAUCACACCUUCACCCUGAUUAUCCGACUGCGCCACAACGUGAUCAAGACCGCUAUCCGUUCCAUUGGACUCUCGUACUCUCGUAUCUCGCCGCAGGACAUUGCCAAGCGUCUGGUCUUGGACUCUGCCGAGGACGCCGAGUUCAUCGUAUCGAAGGCCAUCCGCGAUGGAGUGAUUGAGGCCACGCUGGAUCCGGCCCAGAACUAUAUGCGCAGCAAGGAGAGCACCGACAUCUACAGCACCCGGGAGCCGCAGCUAGCCUUCCACGAGCGCAUCUCGUUCUGCCUGAAUCUACACAACCAGAGCGUCAAGGCCAUGCGCUACCCGCCGAAGUCCUACGGCAAGGAUCUAGAGAGCGCCGAGGAGCGGCGCGAGCGAGAGCAACAGGACCUGGAAUUGGCCAAGGAGAUGGCCGAGGAUGAUGAGGAUGGUUUCUAAAGCUGCAGCUGCUGCGGAUGCAAAUCGAUUUGUACUUGUAUUCAUUUUUCAUAGAAACAUACUCCCCAAUUAAAUAAGUUACAAACAUUU